UCCAUUUUCCUUUGACCUUAGUGUUCAGUGAUUGCAGAUCUGUAAAACCCAGAAGGGUGUAAGCAAUAAUGCGUAUGCUCCCCGAAUGUUAUAUUACCAUAUUGCACAUAUCCUGUUUGUAUAGAUCUGCAAACCCCAAGAGGUUAGGACCUUGGAGGUGGCGAAAAAUAGUUUUCGGACGGGUCCACAGAGACACAGCUCGCACUGGAGGAUGCAGUGUCCUGACAUUACUUCGCCGCAUACAUCAUUCAUCAGAGGCACAUAGGGUGUUUCGCCCGGCAGGCAUGGCGGCGCCCUUUGCGCAUUUCGAUGAUGAGUGGCACGAUUUUAAGGAAUUUGAGCCGGUUUCAGAGCAGGGGACUCGGAUGGAACGAGUAAACUUUGUUGUCGAACAGGUGACAGACGUUCUGAAGGUCCUUCCAGAGCUCAACAACAGCUUUUCGGGCGAAAUGGGCAGCUUAAAGUCCACGGAAGAUCUGGUGAACAAUUUAGACGAGAAAUUGACCAUGUGUUUCCGAAAUUUCAACACCAAAGCUGAGAACAUUGCCCCUGUAAACAUUAUCGCCGAGGACACAACACUGAGAAACGACGAGAUCUGGAAUGCUCUUGCAGAUAAUUAUGGUAAUGUCAUGGCAGUAGACUGGAAACAGUCUAGAACCCGCACCCUCCAUCUCCCCAGUCUAAACCUCGAAAACAAACCAAGGGUGGAUGAUGCAACACUGGAGCUGUCCGACGAUGAGGAGCUGAGGGAACAGAUGGACAUGCACACCAUCAUCGUCUCCUGCCUCAAUGACGAACCCCUCUUCACCGCAGAACAGGUUAUUGAGGAGAUAGAGGAGAUGAUGCAGGACUCUCCUGACCUGGAGUCAGAGCAGAACCACCCCUCUCAGUCAGACCUCUCCAUGCUCUCUCUAAACAUCCAGCGCUCCAGAACAAACCACAGCUAUGAAGAGCGAGAGAGGACCCUGUGUUUAUCAGAGCUGAAUGAGCGGCUAGAGGAGGUGGAGACGGUCAUCAGACGUUACAGUGAGGAGCUGAUUCAACACCUGGCCCUCAGGGACGAACUGGACUUUGAAAAAGAGGUGAAGAACAGCUUCAUCUCUAUCCUGAUAGAUGUGCAGAACAGACAAAAGGAACACAAGGAACUACUGAAGAAAAAGAAAAAACUCAAGAGUGGUGCCGGGGCCCCGCAGGGCCGACCAGAGAGAACACAAGCACUAGGAUCACGCUUCAGCAUGGAGGGCCUCUCCUCUGCCAUUCAAAAUGGCUUCUGGCAAACUUUUGGGAGUGGUGGCAUUGAAAGACAGUAUCUGACCACAGUCAUUCCAUAUGAGAAGAAAGGAGGCCCUCCAUCGGUGGAAGAUCUUCAGAUCCUUACCCAAAUCCUGCAAGCUAUGAGAGACGACAGUGACAAGGUGCCCAGCCUUCUGACAGACUACAUUCUCAAAGGGCACUUUACAUGCUUUGCCCAACAUAGACUGGAAGGACAAUAACUGACAUUUUGGAAAUGAGUUGAGGGAUCUGGUUUCAAUGUCAACAAGCAAAAUGAAGAGGACUUGCUCAGUGUAUAAAAAAUAAAAACAUAAGAACACUUAAUUUAUUCUUAAGUUGCUCCUUUUUGUGUAAUACCCAUAGAUGUUUUAUAGCUCAUUCAGUUUUAUUUUCUCCGUGUUGAGCAUGGUGAUUUCACAUACCUUGUGUAUUUGAUUACUUCAAGUAUUUUUUUUAAAUAGUUUUUACUUUAUGUACAGUGUAAAAUGCAGUACUCAAAGUCAUAAGAAAGAUACUCAUACAUUCUAGUGUAGCAUCUACUGUAUGUGGCUGAUUUCAACAGCCUUUUUGGACGAAAGGGAGCCUUACAUUUUUGGCCCUGAAGUAAGAUCGAAGCUACUCAUAUCCAAAGGUUUGUGUCUUAAUUGAAUUAACCUAAUCUGAAGGUCAGAAAUGACUGAGCUGCACUCCACAGCACUUGUAAUAUCAGGGAUAUGAAACAUUUUAGAUUAGUUUUUAAAGUGCUUAAAUACAUUUCAGUAAUAAAAUAAACCUUGAACUAAAUACAUACAUUUUUCUACACAACUCAGUCCACCAUUUGGCAUCCCUAAAAGCACUGCACAUGUAUUUUGUAGUCAUAGCUAAAUACUGUAGUAGUACCAUUGUUGUCAUACUUUGCAAUUCCUUCUAAGGUAAUGUGAACAGAACUGUAACUAAUUACAGAGCACUGAUGUGACUACUAGCUAUGCAUUUGAGUAAAUAAUGACUCACUGAAGCCCUGAAUCAGAGGCACCAUGCAGCCCAGACCUGGCCAGUCUGUGAAGGCUGUGCACACAAGCUGGGCAUUAUUAUAUUUCUAUACACAAUAAAUUAAGAUGCCUUUGUAUUUGCCAGAAUUUUUUGUACAUUGACUUAUUUUUGACAAAAUGUUAUUAUACUAAGCUACUUAUCUGCUAAACUAUUAAUUUACUUUGUAAAUAUUUUAUUUCAAAUAAAUGUAUAAAGUCAAUGAUAA